AACCCCUCGCGUCGCGUGGCACCCACCGGUUGGGUUGGGUUCGGUCACCGCCAACGAACCGUGGAUUGACUCCGGUACUACAUACAUGAUGCUGAAUGUGGCCGAGCCGAGGGUUGGCCAAAUUUGCCGCCGCGACUGCGAGAACGAGCAUCGGGCAGGCGGCAUGGGUGGGAAGGGCAAAAGGCGUAGGGAGAAGAACUACAGAGCCGCCCAUGGAGGAGACACCCGUCUUCCCCCGCCUCCAUCCGCUUCUCAGAUCGAUGCCUUGCCUUCUAAGCUUCGGAAAAUCAUGCAGUUGAGGAGUGCCCAUGAGAAUCGCGAAGGUGGCUUUAGGAAGAGGGACGAUCCCAAACGCGAUGUUGUGAAGAAGAACGAGUUAGAUGCGAAAGGAGCAAAAAAGAAGUUGAAUGGCAAUGACAUGAAUAAAUCUCUUGUGGUUGAUUCAGAGGAUAGACCGGUUAGAGUUGCCCCAUCGCCUACUGCUCCAGGUGGGGAGGUAGAUGUCAAGCGGAAGGGUGGACAUGAUGAUAACAAGGCAAAGAGGAAAAAAAGAGAAGUUGUUGACCUUCGCUUCUCAAAUGAAGCCCAGGAUUUGGCUUCUGGUAGCGUGAGCAAACGAGCUCGUAGAAAGAUGUUUUUGGAAGAGAGGAAAAAAAAACACAAAAGGUGUAAAAGUGACCAUACUCCAGAGUUCUGCGAAAGAGAGGAAAUCAAGUUUGGGGAAGUUGUCGAAGCGCCGCCAAAGUUAACACUUCCGAAAGUCCCCAAGGCACAUUCAAGUGCCUCGCGUGAAAGGCUUCGGUUGCAAGCCAUAGAGGCUUUCAGAAAACAAAGAAAAUGGGAGUCAAGACCUGGAAUCCAUCUUCCUCCCAUGUCUGCAGUCGUUCCUUCUGGAGUUCUUGAUUAGUGGGAGAUUCAGUAAGUUUCCAUGUAAUUCUGCGCCAUACCUGGCCGAUGCUGGCUGAUGAUUGCGAGGAAUGUCCUAGGAAACGUGAGUUUGAUUAUGCAAACCUCAAAGGUUUGCUGUUCUGUCUCGUAACUCUCCGGGCUUAACCUAGUUUGGCGCUUUUUUUUCAGCGAACAACAGAUAGAACCUACGCAGUCCUAGGUCUUCCUUUUUUUUCCCUUAGAACCUACGGUAGUGUAAUGGUACAAGUGAACAGAGGGUACAGGUACCUGUACUUUGUGGUCGUUUGACCUGUGUUUCAGGCUAGACGGUAAGGGGAGCAAGGAGGUGUGGGCUGUUACUCGAUAUGCAGGAGAUGCUUCUCCUCCUGCGUGCAAUUUUGCAACGACAAGGUUCCAAGUUAGUGAUUUUGUGGAACACAGUAAACAGCGUUCGUCCAAUUCAUCUUUGUUUUUGUGAUACCCAUUUAUUAAUGAUCUCAUAGCAAUUCAUGGAUGAUUUAGACCUA